AUUUAAUGAGUAAAUUUGAGAGUUUGAUAACCACGUUUGAGACAAUUAAAUCCGAUACAGCACACGAAAAGUUAUGAGUGAGUGACCCAUUAUAGACCGACCCGAACCGCGACAGGUGUUGUAAAUUAGUAAUGUGGGUGAGUGUGGAAGUUAACUGCACGCAGGCACAAUGUUCUUGUGUAGUAAAUAUUAUUUUUAGAAGAAACCAAAUAAAAAAAGAAAAAAGGAAAUAUAGGAGCAAUAGCACGUAGUGGUUCGGUUCCUUGCUUCUUGUUGACAAUAGGGUUGAACUUGCACUUCACGCACAUGCCAUCCACAACACAACUGAACCCUUUCUCUUUCUUCUUCGUUUCCGCCAAAACACAUACUCUCAUUCUUAGUCUCUGCCACCGCUAAAAUGGGUGCUUUUCUUCCUCCAAAAGAGGCCAACCUCUUCAAGCUUAUUGUUAAAUCCUAUGAAACCAAACAAUACAAAAAGGGCCUCAAAGCAGCCAAUACCAUUUUGAAAAAAUUUCCUGACCAUGGAGAAACUUUAUCAAUGAAGGGUUUGACAUUAAAUUGCAUGGAUCAUGGUGUAGCUCCAUGUAGAGCUUGUAGGCCUUGGAUCUUCUUCAUCAAUGGAGCCCUUUACUUCUUUAAGAUCAUGGCAGUGGAAUGAAGAAGGAAGAAAGAUGAUUAGAGACGCCACUUCAAGGAGAAGAUGAGU